AUGUCUUGCUGUAUCCCCCGCUGCUGCUGCAGUGUCCCCACCGGCCCCGCCACCACCAUCUGCUCCUCUGACAAAUCCUGCCGCUGUGGAGUCUGCCUGCCCAGCACCUGCCCACAUGAGAUCAACCUCCUUCAGCCCAUCUGCUGUGACAACUGCCCCCCACCCUGCUGCCAGCCCGAAGUCUUUGCACCAAGCUGCUGGCUGCUCAGCUCCCGUCACCCAACUCCCGGCCUCAGCGGGAUCAACCUGACCACCUAUGUCCAGCCUUGCUGCGAGAACCCCUGUGAGCCCUGUUAA